AUGCAAAGGUGGCUCCUCAAAAGGAAAGCUGGCGACCCUCCCGGAGAUUCGAUGCCAACGUCGAAGAGAGCAGCAAAAAUACGGAGAUAUAAACCGACUUAUCUCUCUUUCGGAUUCACGCGCGAUAGAGACGAAUCCGAGCCUCGGCCUCUGUGCGUGGUGUGCAACGAACGCCUGGGCAACGGAAGCAUGCGUCCAAAUAUGUUGCUCCGGCACCUCCGGGGUCGACAUCCCGACCUCACGGAAAAACCGCUGGAAUUCUUUGAACGAAAACUGAAGGAGAUGACGACUGCCCAGACGAAAUUGACGAAGUUCACGGAACUAAGCGAGAAGGUGAUGCUCGCUUCGUAUCAAAUCAGUUGGAGAAUCGCGAAGACAGGCAUGGCGCAUACAGCAGGUGAAAACCUCGUUCUACCCGCUAUCAAAGACGCGGUUUCCAUUGUGCUCAACGAGAAAUAUGUGAAAGAGAUUGAGUCGAUACCGCUCUCGAACGACACGGUGGCGCGGCGGAUCAACCAAAUGGCGGAGUGGAUCGAGAAUGUGGUCAUACAGAGAGUACAGCGUGUUAAGUAA